ACGGAGCGGGCGGAUCCCGAAGGGACCUCGGUGACGUGUCUGCGUUACAGCUGCCCUGCCCGGCCCGGCGCGGCUGUGUGCCGGCUUGGGUUGGGGAGGAGAAGAAAGAAACGCGACGGCGAGAAGGCGGAGGUGUCACCGAAAGGCGCCUGUUAAAGCUCGGCUGCCCACCGCUGGAAGGGGGAAAUCCCGCCGCCCGCCCGCCCUGAAUCAUGUUCAACGUCGAGACUCUGGAGCGGGCCGAGCUCGGGGAGAGCUUGCUCACUUGGAUCCAGACAUUUAAUGUUGAAGCACCAUGCCAGACUGUAGAAGAUUUAACAAAUGGAGUUGUGAUGGCUCAAGUACUUCAAAAAAUAGAUCCAACAUAUUUUGAUGAAAAUUGGCUAAAUAGAAUAAAAAGAGAAGUAGGAGACAAUUGGAGAUUGAAGGUGAGCAAUCUGAAGAAAAUUUUAAAAGGAAUUUUGGAUUACAACCAUGAAAUUUUGGGGCAACAGAUUAAUGAUUUUAUCCUUCCUGAUGUUAAUUUGAUUGGGGAGCACUCUGAUGCAGCAGAGCUUGGAAGAAUGCUUCAGCUUAUUUUAGGCUGUGCUGUAAACUGUGAACAAAAACAAGAAUAUAUUCAGACCAUCAUGAUGAUGGAGGAAUCUGUUCAACAUGUGGUCAUGACAGCCAUUCAGGAGUUGAUGAGUAAAGAGUCUCCGGUCACUGCUGGAAAUGAUGGUUAUGUUGAUCUUGACCGUCAGUUGAAGAAAACAACGGAAGAAUUAAAUGAAGCCUUAGCAACCAAAGAAGAAAUUGCUCAGAGAUGCCAUGAACUAGAUAUGCAAGUUGCUGCUUUGCAGGAAGAGAAAAGUAGUUUGCUAGCAGAGAACCAGGUCUUAAUGGAACGCUUAAAUCAGUCUGAUUCCAUAGAAGAUCCAAACAGCCCAGCAGGACGUAGACAUCUACAGCUACAGACACAGUUGGAACAGCUCCAAGAGGAAACCUUUAGAUUAGAAGCAGCAAAGGAUGAUUAUAGAAUUCGUUGCGAAGAGUUAGAAAAGGAAAUUGCAGACUUGCGGCAACAAAAUGAAGAAUUAACAAAUCUGGCUGAAGAAGCUCAGUCACUGAAAGAUGAGAUGGAUGUAUUAAGGCACUCAUCCGAUAAAGUUGCCAAGUUAGAAAGCCAAGUAGAAUCGUACAAAAAGAAGCUAGAAGAUCUUGGGGAUCUACGGAGGCAAGUGAAACUUUUGGAAGAGAAAAACACAAUGUACAUGCAAAACACAGUGAGCUUGGAAGAAGAACUGAGGAAAGCCAAUGCAGCUCGCAGCCAAUUGGAAACAUAUAAGAGGCAGAUAGUUGAACUUCAAAACAGAUUGUCUGAAGAAUCCAAAAAAGCAGACAAACUAGAAUUCGAGUACAAGAUGCUGAAAGAAAAAGUAGAUAGUUUCCAAAAAGAAAAAGAUAGGCUAAGGACAGAGAGAGAUUCUUUAAAGGAAACCAUUGAAGAGAUUCGUUGUAUAAAAGCACAAGAAGGACAACUAACUACUUCAGGAUUAUUACCUUUGGAAGGUCAAGAAUCUUCUGACAGUUUAGCAGCAGAAAUUAUUACUCCAGAAAUAAAGGAAAAGCUUAUUCGCCUUCAACAUGAAAACAAAGUGCUAAAACUUAAACAGGAGGUGUCUGACAACGAGAGGGUUGCUUUGCUGCAGAGUCUCUUGGACGAUGCCAAUCUGAGAAAGAAUGAAUUAGAAACAGAGAACAGGCUUGUAAAUCAGAGAUUGCUUGAAGUACAGUCUCAGGUUGAAGAAUUACAGAAGUCUUUGCAGGAGCAAGGAUCAAAAGCUGAAGAUGCUAUUUCAGUCAUUCUGAAAAAGAAACUUGAUGAACAUCUUGAAAAGCUGCAUGAAGCUAACAAUGAGCUUCAGAAGAAACGGGCCAUCAUUGAAGAUUUAGAACCUCGUUAUAACAAUAGUUCACUCAAAAUAGAAGAAUUGCAAGAAGCUUUAUGUAAAAAAGAAGAAGACAUGAAGCAAAUGGAAGAACGAUACAAAAAAUAUUUGGAAAAGGCUAAAAGUGUCAUCCGUACUUUAGAUCCCAAACAGAACCAAGGUUCAGCACCUGAAAUUCAGGCACUGAAGAAUCAACUGCAGGAACGUGAGAGGAUGUUCCAUUCCUUAGAGAAAGAAUAUGAAAAGACAAAGAGUCAAAGAGAAAUGGAGGAGAGAUACAUUGUCAGUGCCUGGUACAAUAUGGGGAUGACUCUUCAUAAAAAAGCGGUAGAAGACAGACUUGCUAGUACUGGUUCAGGACAGUCUUUCCUAGCUAGACAAAGGCAAGCCACGAGCACAAGGAGAGCUUAUCCGGGCCAUGUCCAGCCAGCCACAGCAAGGUAGAAAGAGUCCUUGCCUUGCCUUUUGAAUGGAAGCCAUCCUGGAAUCAAGACCUACUUCUGUUAUAAGUGACUGCAUUUCAGGAAAACUUAGCCAGCAUUCUUUCAGUAUUGUCUCUUCAUGUCUCAUUUCCAGAAGAGGUUUUUUCUUUUUAACUUUCUUCUUUUCUGGAGUCUUCCUUUCGUCUUUUAAUGUGCCAAAAUGUUGAAAAAACACCUAAUGGAGGGUAUUAAUGGAAUUUUCCCAUAGCCUCUUUCAUAUGCAAUUGUCAUCUCUUAACAAAAACCCAAUAAUGGAUGAAAACAAAUUUAACUUGUCCCAUUGUUAAACGGUAUUGCAUUCUUCCCAAGGCUAUCAGUGUAUUGAAAGAAAUAUGCCUCUUUUCUUUUUCACACUAAUUUGAUUUGUUUGAAUUGGGUAAUGUAAUUUGCAACAGUGCUAUAUAGAAAAACGUGUAACAUUAUUUGCAAAGAUUAGAUAGACAUGCUGGCAGACAUUGUAAGAACCCGAUGAGACAUGUUCAUGAAAUUAUUUUAUGCUGCUCUUACUUUGUUUCCUUUGGUUUUAUCUGGUUGAUUGUUUAAAUGCUUUUAACCACUGCUGCUUUAAAAAAAUAUUGCCCUCCCAUUACUGAGGAGUGUUUUUGAUAGGACAGUAAGAAGGAUAAACCUAUUUGACAUUGGCACCGAUGUCUUCAGGUAGUCAAGAUAAUUCUGAUAUGUAAACUUGCUCACCUGUUGUGCUAUGUGCUAUUUCAUGCCUGUGCAGUUAUGGCUCUUUCAGAAGCAGGGUUAGUAUUUCUCUGAUUCUGCAAGUUAUGAAUUGUGGUUUCUGAGCUUAUGUUGACUUCUUAAGAAUAUUUCAAGAGCCUUGGCUCUUUGGUCAAAGGCAGGUAACAGUCCUGUUUUACUUUCUGAACUGAAAAUGCAUCUGGAUUUGAUCACCAUAUUUGUUUAGGUAUGGAUAUUAUUCCCCUCAUUUUUGUUAAUACAGUUAUAUCGUGCACAAUAAUUUUCUGACUUAAAAAUACUUGUUUUUAAUUCAUUACCGCCUAAGUACAUGAAAGGAGUUUUUGAAAUCCGCUCAUGUAAUGGUGAUAAAAAAUAAAAUGUGAUGCCAUUGGUCCUUCUGUAGUAUGGUUCCAGUAUUUGAUAAAGUAGACCAGAUGUCAUCCCAUCUGCAGAAAAAUCACUUAAUAAUCAAUGUAAGGCUAAUUUUCUUGAUAGGCUUUUACACUUAUAAGCAAAUUUACUAGAUCAGUGGUUCUCAACCUUCCUAAUGCUGCGACCCCCAACCAUGUGGUCGUAAGUCGAGGACUACCUGUAUUUCCCUGUAGGUGAGGCAGGAGGAGGCGCGCACGCUCCACCUCUCUCCUGCGGCUGGAGCACAUGCUGGGCAGGCCGAGGGUGCACGCAGGCCGUCGGCCGGCAACCGCCUCGGCCCAGGAGCGCCGCGCAUGCGUGGUGCCGCCCCCUGCGCCAGCCGAGGCGUAGCUGGCAAGCGGCAGCAAUGGCGCAGGCCGACCACCGACUGGGCCACCAGCUGGCCCAGCCCAAGGAAGGUAAGC